UGAGUCCGCGAGCGCGCGCGUGGAUUCGAGAUCUUCGUUUCUUUUGGUCACUACGUCACGCAAAGCUCAGCGAGAUGACGUCAGAGCAUUCAAGAUGGCGGCUGCACCUGCCAGAUAUGUUGGAACGUAAACAUUAGAUCGGAUUGUAUAAAAACGUUUAAAAAAUAAAAACGUUUAAUCAGGUAGUGAGAUUUAAAAAUAAAUAAGUAAGUAAGUAAGUGAGAGCCGGGAUGUGGGCGGAGGAGACGGUGGCCUCGGACAGCGAGGCGGCGGUGACCGGCGCCGGUGAGCGCUGGGCUCCGGUGGGCGCCGUCGCUAAUCCCGAGGAUGAGCGCAGUCAGAGCCCGGAAGGACACGGAGCUCCGGGCGGCGAGGCGGUAAUGGCGACGCGGCUGCGGCGGCUGGAGGAGGAGCACGAGCAGCUGCACUCGUCCUUGCUGGCGCUCACGUCGCACUUCGCCCAAGUGCAGUUCCGCCUCAAGCAGAUCGUCCACGGCCAGAGCGAGGAGCAGGACAAGGAGAAGAUGCUGAAGGAGCUGGAGGAGUUCGCCUUCAGAGGAUGUCCUCAUGUCCUGGGCUGCCGCGCGCAGCAUCCGCUCCAGAACUCGAGCGAGAGGGAAAAGAGAGAGCGCCUGGAGGCUCAGAGAGAAAAGCAGAAGGAGCUGAUUGUCCAGCUGAAGACGCAGUUGGAUGAUUUGGAGCGUUUCGCCUACCAGGAGGGCAGCUAUGACUCACUCCCCCAGUCUGUCGUCAUGGAGAGGCAGAGGGUGAUCAUCGACGAGUUGAUUAAGAAGCUGGACGUGAACCUGAACGAGGACAUCGGGAACCUGACGCCCGAGGAGCUGCGACAGCGCGUGGACACCGCCAUCGCACAGAUCGUCAACCCCGUGCGCGUCAAAGAGCAGCUGGUGGAACAGCUCAAAACCCAGAUCAGAGAUUUGGAGAUGUUCAUUAACUUCAUACAAGAUGAAGUGGGGAACCCGCUCCUGUCAGACAGAGGGAACAGCCAGCAGAGUCGAGCCACCGGACCCAAACAGGGCAGAGGACAGGGCAGCAUGAAGCAAGUGGACCCUGAGCGUGCUGAGCAGCUGCGUGCCAGCGGGCUGCGUCUGGUCCAGCGUGCUUUAGCGGUGCUGCAGAUCUUCGCUCUGAGCCAGCUGGGUUGUUCUGCAGGCACCAUGGCCCCGAAGGCGUGGCCUCCAGCCGACGGAGCUCCUGAUUACGGCCCCCUGCUGAACAAACUCGAGGGAGCCGUGGAACGUGUACGCCUCCUCGCCUCUCGCCUCCAACCUGCAGGUCAGGACGAGCCCGUGGUGAGCUACACGUCCUCAGCGACGCCCCCAGCUGCCCCUUCAGGACCUCGACACGAGCUCAUAGUCACUGUGAGGAAAGAUCUGUCCCUGGCGUUGCGUGACCUCCUCGCUCACGGCCUUUACGCUCCGUCUGAAGGCAUGAGCCUGGUCCUGGCGCCUAUUUCCUGCCUCCUGCCGUUCUCCGGAUCCUCGCAGCAGGACUCGCUGCACCCCUGGGAGCUCUUCGUUAAGUAUUAUCGCGCGAAAAACGGCCCGGCUUUCGCCGAAUCGCCCGCUCGGCAGCUGUCGCAGUCCUUCAGCCUGCCUAUAGGAGGAACCUCGACGGUCGUGACGCCGAAAAACUCGCUCCUGUGGGCCGUGCACAGCGUCCUGAGGGAGCACGGCCGCUACAAACGCAGCGCGGACUCCGAGUUCAAGGCGCUGGUGUGCAUGGCGCUGAACGAGCAGAGGCUGGUGUCCUGGGUCAACCUGCUGUGCAAGGCGGGAACUCUGAUCCACGCUCACUACCAGCCCUGGAGCUACAUGGCGCAGACCGGCUUUGAGGGGGCGCUAAGGAUUCUGGGACGUCUCAGCCACCUGAAGUUCGAUCUGCCCGUCGAUCUGGCAGUGCGACAGCUCAAAAACAUCCAGGACGCGUUCUGAGUCCAUCUUAUUUCAAAGAGGAAGAGAACAUUGCUGAGUCCAAAUGUCUGACCUUAAAACCAAGAACCGUCUUUGUUUCAUCAGCUUCCAAAAUGUACUUUUAAUCAAUUAACAAAGAAUUAAAGGUGCAGUUUGUAAUGUGUUUCGAGACCUGGAAAUAAUCACCUCAUUUUAAAGACACAUUCGAAGUGUCCAUGCACAGGGUAUUUAUCUCACUCGUUUCUUCAUUUCGGGCUCAGAAAAUCUUCCGGCCUGGAAAUAAGCUCCGCCCCCUCAGUCAGAAACACACCUGCUCAGCACUUUUUUUUUUUCCCUUAAAAGGUGACCCAUGAGGCAUAUUGCAGUUUCAGCUGAGGGGGCGGAGUCUGUUUUGAGUAAAAUGAGAAAUGCUUGUCGGAGGGCUGUAAAUAUUACAAACUGCUCCUUUAAAUCUUUUUAGCUAAAUCCUUACACGACACUAAAUAUCCAGUUCACUUUAUUUUUUUAAAACUGUUGUGGCAAAAGCUGUAAACUGGUUCUUUUUGGGCCUGGGUGUAUAUUUGUGGUCCACUGAUUUCACUAAUGCUUCAGUAAAAAUUCCUCCUUUCUGAUUAAAAAAAUUACGUAACCUUCAAACAUUUCAUAAAAGGUUUCAGUAAGUAUCAGGAGUGCCUUUAAUAUUAUACAGAUACAUUUCACUCUGUGUGCAAUAGAGCGGUGGACCCAAGUACGUAACUGUCCUGUAAACAUCAUGUGCUCCGCUUUUUAAUCUUCCGUAACGGCUGCGGUUUGUGCUGCUGUCGUUUAUUCUGUGGCUAGCGAACCGCCUUCGUGCUAAUCCUUUCAUAUACGCUGUGUGUUACAUGAUGUACGCAGAUACACAUGUGGGUAGUUCUAGGUUUAUACUCGCAAGUGACGAGUCACGUGUGUCGCUUGUAGUUUGUCUCUCGUGGGCGUGUACCAACCGUGACUGCCUGUGGGCGUGGCCUAUCCAGUGGCCUGCUGCUUCCUUCCUUCCUGCUUUAUUUUUAUUCGUAAUGUCUCUAUACACGUUUAAUGACAGGACGAGAUGAAACCGCUGUUAUUUUUUUGCGUGACAAACAGUAAACGGGAACUAAUUGCAGGUAGGAACUAAAGUUGUGAACAGGGAACUGAAGAAAUGUCGGACGACACGCGCCGCACGAUUGAUCCGAGGAAUCAUUCCAGCCAGUCGUUUGAAAUUGUCACUUUACUGCAUCGUGCCUAAUUUGCAUAGAAUUUAAAAAUUCAAUUGUCGCCCUGUCACUGAGAUCGUGGCUCCGUGUCACAGACGUACGUACGCUCUGACUUGCACUCGCGUGAACCUAGUGCACAUCUUCAGCUGCACCGACAAAAGAAACGAAAGAACGUUUUAAAUAUCUUCUGAUUCUGUGAGAAAAAGGAACUGGGACGUUUCCCAAAACUCUGACGUCAUAGAGUGUGGAAUAGACGCGCUUGUUUAAGUCAUGCAAGUGCGUUAGACUGAACAUUUCAGAGUGAAGAAUCUCUCAGUGCAGUCUUUUUUUUUUUUAAUUUAUUUUUUUUAAGCAUUUUCAGUUGUUGAACAACUGCUGGUGUCGAGCAGGCGUGUCACUUCCUGACCGUCUCCUAUUGGACGCUGUUUAAAGCUUACUAAGGGAAAUGCGUUAGCAUUAGAAGUUGGUAUUAAAACAUUCCACUGCAUCGAUCGUAUUUUGCUGGUAACGUAUUCUGCGUUCACACCAGCAGUGAGUUUUUCGCAUCACUCAGAUCCUUCUACGCUAGUCACUCGUCGAUAAAUCUCCUCCAUCUCGACAAACGAUCUAGCUAGCUAGCUAACGAACGUAUACUGUAUAAAACCACUCACUAAAGAGUCUGAAUGCAACAAACGAGUUCCUGCGAAUGUAUACUUCCUGAGCGAACCGUUUCACUUCACUUCUCAUUCCCAGAACCUUAAACUCCACCCAGCUUUUUGUUUUGUAUCGAUUACCCCGCCCAUUUCCCGUCACACCGUUUGCUCCGCCUCCUGCUUCCCGCUCGUUUAAUGUGAACGCAGCGUUAUCCUCGUGCGUGCGUCGAUGAUCAGGUGACACGGUGUUGUCAUCAUACGCUGUUAUCAUGGACACUUAGAAAUAUUACAGACAGUUUAAACGUAAACAUUACACGUUCUCUCUGCUGGUUUAUUUAUUUAAACAAACGUAGUCUUUGUUUAAAACUAAGACGAGGAAGAGAUUACAGAGAUUGAAAUCAUGACAUGGUUUUAAAGCAGGUGGAACAUUUUUGCUCUUCCAGGCUGGAAAAAUUUAAACCAUAAACCUGAAAUUUAGAAAAAACUAGCGAAGCCUGCUGCAUGGCAAAGUUCCAAAUGAGUGUAUUUUACGGGAUCUGAGAAAUGAGAGGGUUGUUACAAGUGCAACACUGUGACACACUUUUAGAAAAUCGCAGACCGCACCUUUAAUGUUGCUUUGUUCCUGUUUGCUGAAGUGAAGUUUGAGGGACAGUAAAGUUUUACGAUUUGCUAAAGUGAUGCUGGAAAUUUCUUUCAACUCCUUGAUGUGCGGUGUGUGUGUGUGUGUGUGUGUGUGAGUGUGAGAGAGAGAGAGAGAGAGAGAGAGAGAGAGAGAGAGAGACACCUGAUUAUUUGCUGCUACAAAACGUCUUUUACAGCAGGUUGAUCUGAUCUGAUGUGAUCUGAAGUGAUCUGAUGGAUAUAAACGCGCGUUCAUGUUGUAAUCCGUAGAGAAUCGCUGUGCGUCGAUCCCGUCAUGUCCUUUUAUACUUUAUAUUUUCACACUCGAUGAAUCUCCUUUGACUGCUGAAGUCUCGAAUGUAAACUCCACACUGCUGUGCCCUACUCAGCUUUUACUGCAGAUUUCUGCAGAUGUUUUUUUUUUUUUCAAUCUUGAGAAAAGUUAAAAGUAUAUUUUUAUGGACCAGUUUGAUAAACAACACGGGAUGUGAGGAAUCCAUGCGUUUCGCUUCAUGUUUACGCUUCAUAAAGUUUUAUGUAUUUCAUUUGGUUUGUUUCCUUUUCCUCAGACGUUGUGUUCAUCUCAGAUUUGCACCUUUGUGUCAUUUUGUUGUGUUUUUUUUCCCUCUUUGAAUAAAUCUCGUACUUUUUUUACUUGCUAUUUUGAUUAGUGUCCGACAUGUUAGUUUGGGUUUAUGUGCCAGUGCUGCUUUCGAAAUUAUUUCCAAAAUGUAAUUUAUCUUUAGUUCUCAUUUCCUUUAGUGUCACUCUGAUUAGUUUUUAUUUAUUUUUGCUUUUCUUUUUUCUCUUUGUUUUUGGUGUGUGUGUGUGUGUGUGUGUGUGUGUAAGAUAAAAGAAUUGUGUAUUGUACUUGAAAUUAUAUUUGAUUCAGGUUGAUUCAGUUGCUGUAUUAAUAAAAAAAAAUCAUGAAGGGGCUGAUGGGAACUUCAAGUUUUGUCUGUCUGUGUUUU